AUGUACCAACUUGGUCAAUGGUCGACAGGCGACAGCAGGCUCGGCGUGUCUCGGAGGCUAAUCUCUGGCGAGGCUUCGUUGCUGCGGGCGCAACUGCGCAGGGAUGGAAGGCGAGCCCACUUCGUCUGCUGUCAGUUUAUCAUUUUGAGAUACGGCCCCAGCUCGCUUGCCUACAGGCUCAGUCCGACGGUCGCAGAAUGA